GACGCCGUCGCGGGACGAAAUGGCAAACAUUUCUGAGAUUUGGCGAGUGGUGUGUGAUUUUCCAGGUAUCUUCCUCUUCAUUUCUCUCUGAAACGAUUCCAGAAAAACAUAUAUAUACGCACGCAUAAACCAGAGAGCGUUAAAAGAUUGCUAAAGCCAGAUUGCCUAAAAAUUCCCUUCGAAGAUAGAUUAGCUCCAACUCUCUCUCUAUCUCUCUCUCGCUGGUGCAUUUUUGCUGGCUUGCUUCGGAUGGCUCAGCUCAGGCGGAUUAAAUCUUCGCUUUCGAGUGCAGGAACAUAUGGGAAGGAAAGCACGAAUAGCCUGUGCAGCGAUCGGAGCAUCGAUUGGAGCAUCGAUGAGGAAUACGGGAAAGCACUCACGACUGACUCGUAUGUGGAAGUCUUCAACAUAGUGCAGGACCAGCUCGGAAAACCGAGUAGCUUGAAGCUGUCCUCUGCCCCUUUGAAGAGCCAGAUCCCCUACUUGCAUCUAUCCCAGAACCUACUCUCGCCCAGGCAAGAGACCUUGAUAGAGUUGAUCAAGACAUUAAAUUUGCAUCCUCUCUUCGUCAACUACUUCAAAGACGGCCUAGAGGCUUGCCGAGUGUGCGAACUACUCAUCCUGAGUGUCCAUCAGAUCCGAGCUAAUAACCAAUGGAUCGAAAAGGCAAUCAAGCUAACCAAAAAGAUAGAUGAUGCAACGAGCGGUACUGAUAAUCAAUGGCGAAUGAUAUGUGAAGAGCUAUCCGCAUUUUCGCAACAGAUGAAUCCAUUUUGCCUAGUCAGCAAGGAAAAGUUCCACGAUGUCUGUCAAGCAUUUGCCAUGCGGCUUCGGAAAUUAAAAGCCAAGCACAAGAAGACGAUGAGGAGGGCGAAACUGAAACGAAUCGCAAAGUCAAUGGGGUUGAUGGGUUGCACAUUGGGACUACAAAAGAAGAGGAUUAAGCCGGUCCAGGGAAAUCCUAAGAUGACCAGGCAAGAAGUACUCGGUGUGCAGCUUGAUGUGGCUGCGAAGGGCCACUUUACUCUGAUCAAUUACAUGGCUACAAUGAGUAUAGUGGCGGGAAGCUUAUACGACGAAGUUGAGCACAUGAAAGUACGUGCCAACAUGUGUGUGCAGAGUGGGAAGAGCGACACGAUAAAGGAGGUGGUGAAGAGCUUCGAUCAGCGUAAUACCUACUUCCUAGAGCAGUUAGAGGAGCUGGAAAACCAGGCCUGCCUUUGCCUACGUGACAUUAACGCAUCUAGGAGAUCCAUCAUGAAAGAAAUAAUGGUGCCUCAACAGGGUAGAUGAUAGUGAAAUGGACUGACAGAUGAUUUUCAUAAGAAAUGACAUUGAUAUUUUCGGGGCAAUAAGCUUUUGCGCAAACUGCAUCCUGCAAAAUAUCUGCUAUGACGCUUUGGCAAGGUGCCUGGCUCUGUUUCUUUUUUAAAAAAACAGGCAUCAUUUACUUGCAGGAAGUAUAGUAGACUGUCUCACGAACGUCAUACAAUUGUAAAUGUACAGCUGAUUUAGUAGAUAUUCUUUCAUUUUUUGUUGUAAAUUCCACAUGA